AUGACGUCCGCUCCGGCACAUGAUCGAUAUGUGGAGGAUGAGGAGGGCUCCAUGCCCCGGAUGCCCUUCGACGUGGCCCGCGCCUUGCUGCGCUUCGCCUGGCACCGGAGCUGGUCCGUGGCACUCAGCACGCUGCCGCCGGGCGAGCUGCAGACGGCCCUGGCGCCGCGGCAGCGGCGCCACGGGGAGUUGGCCAAAGAGGCCCUGGAGACGUGGAACGUCGUGGCUAUGCCAUGGGCCAGCGGGCCAAGGGGAGGCCAGCGCGGUCGACUAGUGGUGGAAAACGUGAGGACUUUGGUGCAAAGUGCUGCGGAGCACUGCGCGUUGAUGCGGAUCUAUGAGGAGAAAGAUGGGAAAAACACCAUCGAGCUCCAGAAACCAGCGCGUGAACCCUACCAGAAAUUUGAAGCAGCUCGCAGUGAGCUGGAAAAUCUUCACGGAACGUUGGCACAUGCGCUUUUUGAACGCAUCGUGGACUUCCUUUGGGCUGUUGCAUGGCAUGCUGCCAACACGGUGGCAGAUCAAAUGGAUUCCAAUGAGGAGGGAGAGGAAGAGGAGGGUGAGGAUGAUGGCGAAGAUGGAGAUGAAGAUGAAGAUGAAGCAGAUGAACAGGAUCCUUUUGGAGAUGACUAUCCAGGCUCAUCCGAUGAUGCUGUGGAUGACAUGAGACAACUUCUGAAAGCAUUCCACGGGAUGUUCCAUGCAGAUGAACCUUUCCGUGGAGUCCGAUGCUCGUUGGCUUCAGAGAUGGAGGGCUCCCCAGUGCUGGAGAGCAUUUCUCGUGUUCCCGGUGCUUUUGGGGCUGGUGGCUUGGAUGCCAUUCGGCUCCUUCUUCCAGAUUGGUCUGGCUGCGCUGAAAAGUUUGACAGCACAGCUGGCGAAUUCCUUCUGAAGGCAGAAGCAUUGAAUCUCCAGGUGGUUCUGGAAUUACCUGCAGUUCCUGGAAAGGUUUAUGAAGACUGGCUCAGAUCUCUAGCGCGCUCGGUGAGUCUGAUGAAGUGCGUUAGAGGCGUGGCUAUGCCCAGGAUUCAGGAUCUUUCCCGAGCCACUGGUCUCAUGGCGGCUCUUCGACAGGGUGGCCUCACACAGGACCGUUGCGCUUGCUUCUUGCAGCUACCGGAAGGAAAAGUCGAUGAGUGUCAGGAAAUGCUGUACAGGAGUGAUGUUUCCACUGAUGCUGAAGCAUUGCCCUUGUGGCUAGCAGAUGGCCAUGUGAUGAUGGAAGCUCCAGCCCACAUCGAAUGUCCCGUCGUCAUCGCUGCAGCAUUUGGCUUCAAGGGGGCCGUUAUGCCAGCAGGCCCUGGCGGGUUGGUCUGCCAAAAGUGCCGGUCGGGACUUUGCUUUGAGGGGAACCGCUGGUGCCAGCUUUGCUCGUGCGGCUCAACGCUGAGUGAAUUGGCCCGUGUCCGGUUCCACUUCGCAAGUCACCGCGCACUAGCCGAGGAGGUAGCCUACCAGGCGGUCCGCCAGGUGCAAGGUGUGAUCGAGCUGGACAAGCAGACGAACUCCCAGGUAACUUCGCUCAGUGACAGGUUGGCCAAUUCGAAAAGACGCCUGGAGGAAGUUGAGGCCGUCGCUAAUACUGCUACCCCUAAGAGCGCUGGCAAACGGCCUGAGCCCCGCCGUGCGGCUGAAAGGGAAGCAGAGGGUGGUCGAGAGAGAGGACCAGUGAAGGACGAAGAGCCGGACUUCGGCGAGGAGGAGUCCUUUGAGGAGUACAGUGAGGAAGAAGAGGUUGAGGCAGAGGAUACGGUUGCCGAGCCGGUGGAUAAGCGCCCUGCAGAUCGUCCCGCUGGGCACGAGCCACCCCCGGAACCGGCGCAUCCGCCCCGGCGCAGCCCUGCGCGGAGGGAGGAGAGAGCCCGUUCCAGGAGCCGGAACCGAGGAAGACGGGGAGGAACCCGUCACAAGCAAGGCUAUCGCGCCUUGCAAGAUCCCCACAGUGUGUUUGGCCGGCCCGAGGGGGAGACAUGGGGGGAGGGCAACGAUGCUCUUCCUGGAAAAGAGGGCGAAGGCCCCGACCCUCCGGGGGUGGGCGCCGAGGGCGCCAACCACCCAGCUGCGGCCGAGGCAGGCGCGGCCGGGCUGGUCAGCCUCUUGGAACCUGGGGAUUUCUGGACUGCACGCCCAGUGCGGCCUGGUUGCAUACUGGAUGUCCCGGUAGCCCAGGAAGAAGAUGGGGUGCAACAGCCUGGCUGCAUCAUCCUAUUUGUACAAGAGGUGAAGUAUCUGAUGCCAGGGUGCUGGGUCAAGGUCAGGUUCCUUGGAGGGGAGCCGGCCUGGGCCCGUGCAGAGGGCAUAAAGGUCUUUUCGCGAGAGCGGAGGGACCUUCAUCUGUGCUGUGGGGGUGUCGACGCUUGCAGCGAGACAGAGGGCAAAGCCUACCACGUCGAACUCUUUGGCGUUUACCCGCCGGGGCAUCCACCCCCCGAAUGCGUGGAGAAGGCCAAGAGACGAGAGUGGGCGAAGCUAUACCAGGAGCUCAGUGGACAAGGGGCCCCGCCAGGCGCCGAGGGCGCUGGGGCUCCCCAAGGAGGGCCGCGUGAGGGCGAUGCGGUGGACCGCAUUUCAGCGUUGCGGAAGCGACUGCAAGCGGGCCGCCCCCUUGCGGCCGCCGAGGAGAGCGGCGAAAUAGCAGCACGCGGGGCGAAUCGGGUGCGCUUCGCUCCGGCCCCUUUAGCCAUCGAGCCCAGGAGCGCGGUGAAGAGCGAGGCGAGAGCGAGUGCGGUAAUCGCCAUCCCAAGCGACUCCGACGGGGAGCCACCGCGGAGCCGGAAGAAGAGAACCUCGAUGGGGGAAGCGCUGGCCGAGGCCGUUGCGCUGAGAGCCCAAGGCGGGGGAGGAGGAGCCGCCUCUUCCUCACGCCAGCGGUCACGGAGCAGGGAACCGAAAAAGAAGAAGAAGAAGAAGAGGAGAUCGGGGUCACGCAGGCGUCGCGACUCUCGGAGCAGCUCUUCAGACGGAGCGACUUCUUCAUCUUCAAGCCUGGUGCCACCGCUUCAACGGAAGGCCAACAAGGACCCCGGCUCCGUGCUAAGGAUGCUGCUGACCAACGUGGCCGAGGCCCUCGCCGAGGCAGCGGUGGAUACGGCAGGGGACUCCGGGCAACUUCGGGGAAAGGCCAACCAGCUGAGCAGCUAUUUUCAGAUUUGCGCCAAACCUCUGCUGGGAGGGAAGGUGCGCGAUCUGAGAGAGCUAGAGACCUUAGCCCGCUGCAUCGACCACCUGAAGUGUGGCAGACUGGCGGAGCUGGGAGACGCUCUGGCUGGAAGGUUCCUAGCCGUCGAGUCAGCUGCCAUCACAAACAAUUGGCAGGAUGCGCAGCAUCUGGAGGUGGUGCCAGUCCGACAUGCAGGACUAGCACCGCCAGCGGUGAUGCUUCAGGCGCAACGCCAUACCCGGCAGGUGGAGAAGUCGCUGGGGAAGAAUCAAUGGAGGAGGACGACUCCCUACGCUCCCCCCAACCGCGAAGGCGGAGGAGGAGAGAAGGGGGGAAGCGGAAAAGGAAAGGGAGAUCGCCGGGGGCAAGGAAAAGGAAAGUUCGGGAAGAACUCCAACAAGAACGCAUGGAAGGAGUCCGCGCUGGGGUGCGAAGACAUCCCGUGCGGGGAAUCAUCGGGGUCGGCGAUGCGCUGUGGCGCCGCUGGCCUGUCGGACCUUGGGGAGGUGGAAGGCUGGGAUGAUGCAGCCUUGAGUGGCCGCCUUGCAAGUUACUACUUGGGAUUAGCCUUGUUACAGGAAGAGGCCAAUCCCGAGAUUUCUCCCGAAGGGGGGGAAGCGCACGUCGCGCCAGCCCCUCCGCUUGGCGCUGGAACAUUUGAAGUUCCGAGCCGCCUGCCUCGAAACGUUGAGUGGGCUAGGUUUGCCGAGCCGGGCGAACUUGGACUAGCACUGGCGGCGGGAGCGAUUUCAGACAAUGUCCCUCUAGGAAUGAAUGAAUUAUUCCUUUUGGUCAAGCACACCACGUCUCAUGACGUACUUUCAGGACGUUGUGGAAUCUUUCCGCUGCCGGUCUUUUUUCCAGAUAGCACAGCCAAGUCAAAUGAAAACCAGGGCUGUGCUGUAGAGGCGUGGCUCAACUUGUUGUGCCUUGGACUCAACCAGCUUGCGGGUUGGAAAAAGAAGCCGCCGACCGAGCGGAAGGGUGCCCAGAUAAAGCAUGUUCUUGAAACCCUGCGUGAUAGGGUUAGGCGGUUUUUGGGUUUGUUUUCCCCCUCUGUUGUUGACCCUGUUUGUGUUUGGGCUGAGCUUAAAAGUAAAAAGCUGUCCUAUGAUGGUGAAGAGUUCGCUGAACCGAUGGAACUAACCUUACCUCAAAUCGAGAAGAGCCUUCCCCCGGUUGGUCAUGGAGGGUCAGUUGAACUUGCCCCUUUGCUGGUAGGAAGAAGCCGGUUUUUAGUGGAAAACCCCGAACAAGUUCUUUUGUCACCGGAUGAAAAGACCCCGGGCCCGAAUGUCGGACGUGUUCACAUCAAGAAAGGGGAAGAGCUUGGUGUCUGGAAGCUGCUGGAGGAGCGGGGAAUCAUCACAUGGCUCCCCAUUGGAAAAGUCCACCAGGAUCAAGGGGGACCCUACUUAUCAGGUCUUUUUGGGGUCCCCAAGAGUGGCCGCUUUACAGAGGAAGGCCUUCCUCUGUUGCGAGUUAUCAUGAACCUCAAGCCAAUUAACCGUGCGCUUAGCAUCAUUCAAGGCGAUAUCGCUGAAUUGCCUAGCGCUGGUAAGUGGCUACAGCUCGUGUUGGAAGACGGCGAUUGUCUGUCCAUCUCCCAGGCAGAUAUGUCUUCAGCUUUCUAUCUGUUUGCCUUGCCUGAAUGUUGGUGGCCAUUUCUCUGUUUUAAUGCCAAGUUUGGGGGCUCUGCGCUGGGACGUCCGGGGUCCGGUACCUUUGUUCCGUGUUGCAAAGUGCUUCCAAUGGGCUGGUCAAGCUCAGUUGGCCUAAUGCAAAUGGCAAGCAGAGAACUCAUGGCCCGCGCCAACACACUGGGGUGUGACGAAUUGCGGAAUCAGCUGCGAUCGCCACCAUGGUUUGUAGAUCCUCUGCUGAGGGACAGCUCCAAGCAAUUCUGGCAAGUAUAUCUGGACAAUUUUAUGACGGCAGAGCUGUCGCCCCUGGGGCAACCGAGUGGGGGUUCCCACCAGUUGCAUAGGGAAGCCGUGGGCUCUUGGACCCAACACGGCGUUCUGUGCGCUGAGGAGAAACAUGUCCUCGCGGCGCCUGCGGCCAUUGAGCUUGGAGUCGAACUGAACGGCGUGGCAGGGCUGGUAGGAUGCGGCCCAGAGCGUAUCCAUAAACUGCUGGUUGCAACUAUCCUCUUGCUGGGGGAGAGGCAACCGAAGGCCAAAUGGGUCCAGGUGAUCUUGGGGCGAUGGAUUUUUGCACUACAGUACCGGCGACCUGCCAUGGCCGUUCUGUCAAGGUGCUGGAACUUCCUCAAGAAGGACCAGGAUAAGAGGCGGUGGUGGCCGGUGGUGCAGGCAGAACUUUCCACCUUAAUUGCCUUGGUCCCUCUGUUGCACACAGAUCUGCGCUGCUCCUUCAAUGAGGAAGUGACUGUUUCGGACGCGUCUGGCUGGGGCGGUGCCGUGGGCGUGUCCCAGUCGCUGUCUAGCACGGGACUUGACCUGUGCAGUCGCCUUAGCGAGCCAGCUUUCGAACCGGUCGACGCCCAGCUCCUAGUUAUUAGUGCCUUCAACGGCAUCGGCGGCGCUUUCCGAGGGUAUGACCUAGCGGGCAUCCGCCCUGCAGGGCUCAUUACCAUAGAAUGUGACAAAGCUGCGCGCCGAGUCACCCGGAAAGCAUGGCCCCAUGCCGAAGAAAUCAGCGAUAUUCUCCUGGUGGACCGGGCGAUGGUCGCUGGCUGGGCAAACAGGUAUCCACGAGUCGUGGAAGUUCACAUUGUUGGAGGUUUCCCUUGCGUGCAUCUCUCAUCGGCAAGGGCAGGGCGGAAGAACCUGGAAGGCGAGGGAAGCCGCCUGUUCUGGAACCUGGUUAAACUCAUAGAGUGGACCAGAGCGGCGUUCCAGGAUUUCGCCAAGGUGACCUUUUUGGUGGAGAACGUCAGGUCGAUGGAUGUAUCAGCGCGAGAUGAAAUCUCACGAGUCCUGGGCGUAGAGCCAUUUGCGCUCUGCCCAUCGGAUUUCUUGCCAUACAACCGACCUAGGUUGGCGUGGUGCUCCGGAACCAUUGAAGAGACCGUGGGGGCAGACCUACUGCCACAAUCCGGGCACACCGUGGUGCUAAUGCACGGCACUCCGCCAGCCAGCGAGAGUUGGCUCAGCCCAGGCUGGGAAAUCUGUCGGCCAGGCACCGCCUUUGCCACUUUCAUGAAGGCCAUUCGGCGCCGCCAGCCACCGCCUACGCCGGCAGGCAUUAGUAGGUGCGACAGCGAUACCCUGGCGCGCUGGGUCUCAGACGAAUACCGGUUCCCUCCCUAUCAAUAUCGGCUGGAGAACCUGGUCCGAAAUGCUUCUGGCGAUGUGCGCUAUUUAAGCGCUGCCGAGCGAGAGUUACUCCUUGGAUUUGGAAAGGACCAUACUCUAUUUGCUGUCGCCGCAAAUGAGGUCAAGGGUAACGAAACUGAAUUCGAAGAUAAACGCCUGUCCUUGUGCGGGGAUUCCUUCUCGAUGCUUUCCUUUUGGCUGGAUCAUAUCACAGUUGUGCCGGAAAUGGGUGACGCCAAGAUCGCCCCAGCAACUGGUGGAUCGCUUUGGGCUCGCUUCUGGGUGCGGGCUGGCCGCAGACGUGCCUGCGCCGCUCGCUCAACGACCCAGAUAUGGUGGCCUGACCUCGAGCCUUCAAAGCUCGAGCCGUCUGGUUGCCCACUUAUCUCGGCAUGUCAAUCACACCGGGUCGGACGUCUCGGUGGCAAUGGGGAUCCCAUUUUCUUCUAA